AUGGCCAUUGAGCAUCUAAAGACAGUAUUACGGCUACAGGCGACAGUAGUGGAAGGUUUUGGACGUGGUGGAAAACAAUUAGGCUGUCCAACCGCGAAUCUGUCAAGUAAGGACCUGGGCGACCUCUUGGAACAGUUGCCCACUGGCAUUUACUGCGGUUGGGCCACAGUUGAUGGCGAAGGUCCAUACAAGGCCGUUGCUAGCAUUGGCUGGAAUCCGUAUUUUAAAAACGAGGAAAAAACAGUAGAACCCCAUUUGCUGCACAAAUUUGACAAGGAUUUUUACGGAGCACAGCUCAAGUUCCUUGUUGCUGGCUACAUUCGGCCGGAAAUGAAUUUUUUGUCGCUUGAGUCGCUCAUUAAAGCCAUCCAGGACGAUAUUGCACAGUCCAACGAGUGGCUUGACACUCGUGAGGGCAAGUCCUGGUCGCAGGAUGCGCUCUUUCAAUAG